AUCUGAUGAGUUCCAGUUAGGACGAAAUAGGCAGUCAUGAAUUCCACUUCUAGUCGCCAGAAGCUGAUAUGAAGUGUAACACUUCCAGAAUUAGAGCCAUUCGCAUACUGCUAGCCAACUAGAUCCUAAACAAGCCGAUCACCCCUCUGGUAUUCAGAUCAUUUUCAAUUGGACGUAAUAGCUGCGGUACGUAGCAUUAUAUGGUUUCCAGUGGUUAAUUCAUUGAUCUCAUUUUUAUUCCAGUGAACGUUCACUGUAAUAUUUUAUUACUUUUUUUAUAACCGUUUCAGGUCCGUCGACUUCGUUAGCCUGUGCUCUGGCAACUGACAAUCAAUUCGGAGGGAAAGAACUACUCUCCUUUAUAUUUAGUACUGUGCUAACUUAUAUGGUCCCAUGUAUUCUACUUGUAUUUAUCAAUUCAAUCAUUCUGAUUAAAUUAAUUAGUAUUAAAACACGUCGACGUAUACUUUGUAAGAGAGAAGAUACACACGCACAUUUAAUCAAUUGGACUAGUAAUGGAAAGUCAAGUAUUACACCACAGAAUGAUCCAACCUCACCAACUAAAGCAUUAGCAUCUGCACUGGCUACAAUGUUGCUAAAGCGUAGACGACAUACUAUUCUAGAAGAUCGUAAAGAACUUGGACGAGUUGUAGCCUUGUUAUUAUUAUCAUGCUUUUAUUUAUGCUUUACAUUUCCAGUGAGUAUAAGUUUAACAAUACGUGCUAGUUUAAAUGAUCAACAUGACAAAUGUGUACAUACACUAUAUGCACAUUUAUCAAGACUGUUGACGUCUAUAAAAGAUAUUAAUUAUGCACUGAAUGGUUAUACAUAUGCACUAUUUUUUCAAUUUUAUCGUCAUAAAUUACUACAAAUUUUUACCUGUAAAUUCACUACUUCUGCUAAUAAUAAUACUCACUAUACUCGUCGUGAUGGAAAUACAGCGACUUGUUCAAGGAAUAAUAGACGACAAUCAUCAUCGACCACGUGAAAAAUUAACGCCGGAAGAUAGUGAGAAUAAAAAUGAUAAUAUUAAGAUGACAAAUUUAAGUUUUUACAAUCCUAUCAAGUAAAGAACAAAUCACAUCACUUUUGUUUCACAUUGAACCCAUUGAACACUGAAGACCAUGCCAGCAUACUCGCCGCGAAAAUUGACCAAUCAGUUGUUUGUGUAAAAAUGGAAAUCUAAAAUCUGUAGGCACAAUAAAAUCGUAUGAACUUUUCUGUGAUGUAUUGACAGUGUACUUUAAAUUGUAUUGCAUUAAACCCACUUUAUGAUUCUUCUUCUUCUUUCACAUGAUUUCGUUCAAAGACGAAUUAUCUCACUUUUGUUGUGUGUUCUUUCUACCUCUAAUAGUGUGCAAUUUAGAAAGUAUUUAUUUACUUAUUUAUAUAUGUGAAUCUGUAAACGCAUUUCUCCUCUUUUUUGUUUGAUAAACAAACAUAAUUUUGGGCAAAAAUUUUUCUUUUCAAGAAUUUUUACAGUUUGUU